UCUCUCCGCCCGGCGGCGCCCCAUGUCCCCGGACACCUGAGCGCCCGCCGCGCCGAGGAGCCUUCCGCGGGGACAGGAACCGGUGCCCUUCUUCGAGAGGAAGAUGGGGCUGGAGAGGCUUUUCCCGGGGAUGCUCGCGUGGCUGGCGGCCACGGGGGUUGUCCUCUGCGCGGAACUGGGGGUCUGCGCUGGCCUCGACUAUGACUACACUUUCGGUGGCUACGGAGAGGAUGAGGCGGAGGCGCUGGACUACAGGGACCCGUGCAAAGCCGUUGUGUUUUGGGGUGACAUUGCCUUAGAUGAUGAAGAUUUAAAUGUCUUUCAAAUUGAUAGGACAAUUGACCUUACACAGAACCCCUUUGGAAGAUUUGGACACACCACAGGUGGAUUUGGAGACCAUGGGAUGUCAAAGAAACGAGGGCCCCUCUACCAACUUAUAGACAGAAUAAGAAGGAUUGGCUCCGGCUUGGAGCAAAACAACACAGUUAAGGAAAAAUUACCACUGAAAUUCUCAGGGCAAAGUGAGAAAAAUAGAGUUCCCAGGGCUGCUACAUCAAGAACUGAAAGAGUGUGGCCUGGAGGUGUUAUUCCUUAUGUCAUAGGAGGCAACUUCACUGGCAGCCAGCGAGCCAUGUUCAAGCAGGCCAUGAGGCACUGGGAAAAACACACAUGUGUGACUUUCAUUGAAAGAGGGGAUGAAGAGAGUUACAUUGUAUUCACGUAUAGGCCUUGCGGAUGCUGCUCCUAUGUAGGCCGGCGUGGAAACGGGCCCCAGGCAAUCUCUAUUGGCAAGAACUGUGAUAAGUUUGGAAUCGUUGUUCAUGAACUGGGUCACGUGAUAGGCUUCUGGCAUGAGCACACGCGGCCAGACAGAGAUAACCAUGUGACUAUCAUACGGGAAAACAUCCAGCCAGGUCAAGAGUACAAUUUUCUGAAGAUGGAGCCUGGGGAAGUGAACUCGCUCGGAGAAAGCUAUGAUUUUGACAGCAUCAUGCAUUAUGCUAGGAACACCUUCUCAAGGGGGAUGUUUCUGGAUACCAUUCUCCCCUCACGUGAUGAUAAUGGCAUUCGUCCAGCAAUUGGUCAGCGAACCCGCUUAAGCAAAGGAGAUAUUGCACAGGCAAGAAAGCUGUAUAGAUGUCCAGCAUGUGGAGAAACCCUGCAAGAAUCCAAUGGCAAUCUGUCCUCCCCAGGAUUUCCAAAUGGCUAUCCGUCUUAUACACACUGCAUCUGGAGAGUCUCUGUGACCCCAGGAGAGAAGAUUGUUUUAAAUUUUACUACAAUGGACCUAUACAAAAGUAGUUUGUGCUGGUAUGAUUAUAUUGAAGUAAGAGAUGGGUACUGGAGGAAGUCGCCUCUCCUUGGUAGAUUCUGUGGGGACAAAUUGCCUGAAGUUCUUACCUCUACAGAAAGCAGAAUAUGGAUUGAGUUUCGCAGCAGCAGCAAUUGGGUAGGAAAGGGCUUUGCAGCAGUCUAUGAAGCUAUCUGUGGAGGUGAGAUACAUAAAAAUGAAGGACAGAUUCAGUCUCCUAAUUAUCCUGAUGACUACAGGCCAAUGAAAGAAUGUGUGUGGAAAAUAGCAGUGUCAGAAGACUGCUACGUCGGCCUGAUCUUUCAGGCCUUUGAGAUUGAAAGACAUGACAGUUGCGCCUAUGACUACCUAGAAGUUCGAGAUGGAACCAAUGAAAGUAGUCCUUUGAUAGGACGUUUUUGUGGUUACGAUAAGCCUGAAGAUAUCAGAUCUACCUCCAAUACCUUGUGGAUGAAGUUUGUUUCUGAUGGAACUGUGAACAAGGCAGGGUUUGCUGCCAAUUUUUUUAAAGAGGAAGAUGAGUGUGCCAAGCCUGACCGUGGCGGCUGUGAACAGCACUGUCUGAACACACUGGGCAGCUACCAGUGCUCCUGUGAGCCCGGCUAUGAGCUGGGACCUGACAGAAGGACCUGCGAAGCGGCCUGUGGUGGACUUCUCACGAAGCUGAAUGGCACUAUAACCACUCCAGGAUGGCCCAAGGAGUACCCUCCCAACAAACACUGUGUAUGGCAAGUGGUCGCACCAACACAGUACAAAAUUUCUGUGAAGUUUGAGUUUUUUGAAUUGGAGGGCAAUGAAGUAUGCAAGUAUGAUUAUGUGGAGAUUUUGAGUGGUCUCUCUUCUGAGUCUAAAUUGCAUGGCAAAUACUGUGGUGCUGAAGUGCCUGAAGUGAUCACAUCCCAAUUCAACAAUAUGAGAAUAGAAUUCAAAUCUGACAAUACAGUAUCCAAGAAGGGCUUCAAAGCACAUUUCUUCUCAGACAAAGAUGAGUGUUCUAAGGAUAAUGGCGGGUGUCAACAUGAGUGUGUCAACACAAUGGGAAGCUACCUGUGUCAGUGCCGAAAUGGAUUUGUGCUGCAUGAAAAUAAGCAUGAUUGCAAGGAAGCUGAGUGUGAACAGAAGAUUCACAGUCCUUAUGGCUUCAUCACCAGUCCCAACUGGCCAGACAAGUACCCAAGCAGAAAAGAAUGCACAUGGGAAAUCAGUGCCACUCCUGGUCAUCGAAUCAAAUUAGCCUUUACUGAAUUUGAGAUUGAGCAGCAUCAAGAAUGUGCUUAUGAUCACUUGGAAGUAUUUGAUGGAGAAACAGAAAAAUCACCAGUUCUUGGACGACUGUGUGGGAACAAGAUACCAGAGCCCCUUGUGGCUACUGGAAAUAACAUGUUUAUUUGGUUUGUCUCUGAUGCAUCUGUUCAAAGAAAAGGUUUUCAAGCCACACAUUCUACAGAGUGUGGUGGCAGACUGAAAGUGGAAUCAAAACCCAGAGAUCUGUACUCACAUGCUCAGUUUGGUGAUAACAACUACCCAGGACAAGUUGAUUGUGAAUGGCUGUUAGUGUCAGAACGGGGCUCUCGACUCGAAUUAUCCUUCCAGAUUUUUGAAGUGGAAGAAGAAGCUGACUGUGGCUAUGACUACGUUGAGCUCUUUGAUGGUCUUGAUUCAACAGCAGUGGGGCUUGGUCGAUUCUGUGGAUCAGGGCCACCAGAAGAAAUCUAUUCAAUUGGUGAUACAGUUUUAAUUCAUUUUCAUACUGAUGACACAAUCAGCAAGAAAGGAUUUCAUAUAAGAUACAAAAGCAUCAGAUAUCCAGAUUCCACACAUACCAAAAAAUAACCAACAUCUCCAUCAGAACAUAAAGGAAUGUGUAUAAUGCAGAGAAGAUGUAUUUCUUUUUUAAAUGAAGAUUUUAGCACAAAUAUUUCAUAUGAGUUUGAGCAAAAGAAAACUACAAGACCAGAAUUAUCUCUGUACUACAAGAGAAGUUUCCAGCUAACCCUGAUCAGCAUUACCAGGAUAUUUGAACUCCAUUCUUGACAGUAUAAAUAUAAAUAAAGUUGGUGAAAGGGCAUCAUGAUUCAAAGAAGACUUCACAAUUCUUUGUUCACAGCACAACACAGAUGCUUCACAAUUCAAAUUUUUCCUUUCAGGGUCUGUGACGCUGCAGAGUGUUCUUUUUGACAAUUUCUCAGUAUAUGGGAGAAAUAAAAUGAUCUUACAGGUUAUAAACUGGAAAACCCUCUCCUUGAAUCUUAGGAUAAUUGCUUUGACUGUGCAUCUUGAAAACAAUGUAAACCAGAUCCAUAUAAGUUGUUGUGAAGUGGAAGUCUUUUAAGGGUGGUUUAUACUUUAAAUAUGGGUAUGACCAGUGUUUGGAAACUGGAAUAUUUCAGCUUCAUUAUUUUCACUUGCAGGCUAAAUUUACCUCUUUGAAACGUAAACAAUCUUGAAACCAUUUCAUUUUCCUGACCUUUGACAAGUUUGAAAUGUCAGUAGUGUCUACCAUUUAGCUAAUUCUAAACAUAAUUUUAUCUAAGUGCUGGAAAAUGCCCAGUUUAUCGGUAAACUCAAUUCUUUCAGUGAGAAAUGCUGCCUUUUCACACCAAAUUCAAGAGCCCUUGUGAUGGCUUAUGAACCUGAUGAGAUAAUUCCCAACAGGUGUGAACUGGAUCCUUUUAAAGUGACUGCCUAGAUGGCUCAUACUCAAGUUCUACUGCUGCUAUUCUUUCUUUUGUUGUUGAUCUGUUGUAGCUGUUCAUGUUGAUGUUGUCAAGGUUAAUGUUUUCUUGUUUUUUUGUUUUUUAAUGAAAUGAAGUGGGCAAGCCUUGUUAGAACUGAAAAUUUUCUUUCUCUUCCUAGAAUUCAGGUUUUUAAAAUGUAAUGUAAAAAAAAAAAAAAAAAAAGAUUUGUUUCUGAAAGACUUUCUAUGGUGCUAUUCCAUAAACAUUUUUUUUAAACAAAGUUUUUGACCUUUGAGCCAACCACCUGUAGACUACAAACGUCUCUGUCUGGCUGGUAGCACUUGAAGACUAAAGACUUGCUAAAUGUAUCAAAAGUAUGUUGUUGCAAGGGUAGCACUUGUCCUGUGGAACAGCUGCUUAUAAUGCCUUAGAAUUAUUUUGAAUGAUUGAGCAGAUCCUCCUAAGAGACACACCUUUUUUGAAAAGUUGAGUAUAGUAGUGUACGUUAGUUAGCAUCUCUAUGAGGAAAAUUAAUUUCUGUGACUGAGAUCUUUAGAUAUAAAUAUGGUGACCUACUUUUAUUGUAGAAAAUUAAUUUUCUGCUUUAAAGCCAGGAUUUUUUUUAAUAUUAAUGUAUGUAUAUAUGAAAUUGUCUGAAUGAGUGAAGCUACAAGAAAGUGAUGAGUAGUGGGUGGCUGAAAAGUUUAAAUUUACAUGCCAAGUUCUGCUAGAAUCUUGUUUGAAGUAGCAACUUUCAUAAGCUGUUUCAUGGACAAAUAAUGGGAAUUUCUCAUUAUUAUCAAUCCCAUUUUAAAAAAGGCUCCUUCCUUCAGAGAAACUCUAUUUUGAUAUUUUUUUAUGUUGAUAUAGAUUGCUGUAUGAAGUAGCUUUGGUUCUGUUGUCUGUCCAUGAACAUUCAAUAUUUAAUAAAAUUGAAAAUCUUUCUUUAUUUUACAAUAUUAAACUAUACACACAGAUUUAGCUUUUUUUUUUCCAUUGUUGCCUUGAAAAUCUUUUAUUGUGUAUGAAUUGUAUUAUGUAAAUACAUUUUUGAAAAUAAUCUUUUGAUCUCAUGGAACAUUACUUUGGAAAUGUAUAAAUAUUGCCUGCAAUAUAAGGAGCUUUUUAGUGGAGCUGAUUUAUUCCAGUAACUUCUAUAUUUUUUUUCACCAAUCUCCAGUAAGCCAAAAUAUUGGGAAUAGGAAAGAGAGGAGAAAAGAAAAAAACAUUAAAACCUGGUAUACCAUGCUGUGCCCAGCCCAGUACUAAGCACAUACACUAGCUCUUUUAACUUCAUGCAACCCUUUGAGAACUGUGGUGAUGGUCUCAUUUUAUGGUUUAGGAACUGAGGCUCAAAGAAAGAAUAUAAUGUUCCCAGGGUUACAGUGUAAAGUUAGAUGUUAAAACUCAAAUUGUCUGAUAUAAAACUCUGUACUUAUUCUAAAAAUGUAGUAGAAUCAAU